AUGGCGGACAAGGCAAGUAAGCCUCCGCCGACCGCGAUCGGUAAACCUGUGCCAAUGAAACUAUUUGCUACUUGGGAAGUGGAUAGGACACCUCCUAAUUGCAUUCCCAGGCUAUGCUCUUUGACACUUUCAAGACUGGUUGUUUUGCGGCCGUUAGGAGCCGAAUUAGCCUCCAUAACUGUGGCAGUGAAAAUGCAAAGUUCGAAAAGAAUUUUACGUUCAAACGAAAUGACUUUACCAACCAAUGGACUUCUUGACACUGAGUUAGAUCUCCACUUCGCAUUACAAUAUCCACAUUUUUUAAAAAGAGACGGAAACAAACUUCAUGUUAUGUUACAGAGGAGGAAAAGAUAUAAAAAUAGAACCAUACUCGGGUUUAAAACUUUGGCAGAAGGAGUUGUCAACAUGUCACAGCAAAUGGAUUUAGAAUUAGAUUUACUUUGCGAAGGAAAAGAAGGGAAAGGAGGAGGUUUAGCUGCCAGAAUAACGGUUAAUUCUCUCUGUAGUCAACCCGUUGAUCAAAAGCACAUGUUUGGAGAUCCUUCGGAUCGCGGAGUUGAUUAUUCCGAUGAAGAUGAAGAAUUUGCGAGUAGUCAAGAUGAAGGAGAGGGAGAAGUUGAGGGUAGCGAUUCGGAACCAAUGUUGGACGAAUCUGGAAGAAGAGUGAGAAAAACGCAAAGGGUUAAAAUGCAGACAAACGCUAGAAAAUCGAAGCUAAAUAAAAGAAGUGAAAAAAAAUCUAAAAAAGAAAGUGAAAAAAAAGUAGCUGGAGUAGGAUUUUGGGACAUGACAGGAUUAAACUAUAAAAACCAGGAAAUAUGGAAUUUUAUUAAAUCUUUUGAAGUGUCUGGAUUAAUGGAAACGUGGCUGGAAGAGAAAACAUGGAGUAAGGUAAGAAAUAAUAAAUUUCGCCAAAAUGAGGGUCUUGGACCAGAUCAAGAAGAUAUGGAUAGAAAACUCUCUGGAGGCGAUGUCGAUCCUACCGAAAUAGAAGACUUUUUCGAAGAGUUAGAAGACUUAUCAGAAUCAGGUCCGGAAAUGGACACUAUGAGCAUAUCCUCAACUCCAAAACCUAGUCUAAGACCUUUUUUCUCAUCUAGUAGAUCUUUAUUACACGAUAAUUUCAAUUCAACAGAUAAAGUUCAAGAUCGUUUAAGCGAUGAGAGUUCAAAGGGCGGUAGGGGAGAUUCUGAUUCCCAUCCGGAAAUAUGGACUGAUCAAGAUGCAAGCGAUCCUCAGUCUACUUCUCCUUUAAAAGACAAAGAAUCAGAGAGAAAACCUAGACUGUUUCACAGAGAUAGACCUUUUGGAAAACCUAAAAAAUCAUUAAGCGAGCAUCGAACUCUCACCGCUCCGACUCUCAUACUCGAACCUGCCGGAGAGCCAAAAAAAUUCGUCGUUGAACAAAUAACGAAAAUUCUCGGAUCGGACGAUUCUUUGCCAGAUCAUUUGCUCAUAAUUUCUUCAAAUGAUCCUCAAGGAUCUCUUCUUGCCAGUAGAUUACAGGAAAGACAAUUAAAAGUUCUUCCUGUCGUAUCUACAUCUGAAAUUCGACUUACCCUUACUUAUCUAGUCAACAAAAUACAAAAAUUUUGUCAUUCAAGUGCCAAGCCACCUAAUACGAUUAAAUUAAUGGUUGUCGGAAGUGAUGCAUUUAUUAAUAAUAUACUUAGACAAUAUGUCGAUCAGUUAUCUCAAAAACCUCCCGAAUGGCAAGGUUUUAUUAAAUUUCUCAUCGUACCAUUAGGUUCAAGUUCUAUAUCUAGAUAUCUUGCAAGUGUAGAUAGUACAUAUGGAGCGUAUUUUGCGGGAGAAAAAUGGCGGGAUUUGUCGGAACGUGAAAUUAAUGAAGUCGUCAAUAAAAUAGGAUUGUACAUGAAUAAUGGAACGUCAACAAUUUUCCUUCCCGUCGCUGAAGCAAUGUUGACGUAUAAAGAAAAAAGUUCCGACGAUGAGUCAUCUCAAAUAUUCGUACCUUUUGUCAACGAUGUUAGACUAGGAUCAAUGGAUAGUGCUUCGGGAGCUUCGGUUGAUUUGGAUGACAUGCAAGCAACUUGUGGAAGUUCACCCCCGAAAAUCACACCACCUUCUUCGCCAAAUGUAAAUUCAAUGCACAUUACCAAUCACUCGAGGGAAUCGAAUUUAGUCGAACCUCUAGAAUUACAAAUAGACUAUUGGACUUCAAAUAAAUCUUCAGAGGCAAAAGAAGUAGGAAAGGGAAAAGAUCCCAAUAAAUCCACAUUAAAAACGAAUUUCAAAGCUGUGCAAAUCCAAAGAAUUCCAUCGCCUGGCGAACAGCCCGGCUCUUAUUUACUUAUGAAUUACAUUACCAAAGAAAAGAAACAAAAAAUUAUGAGACUAGGAAAGAAAAAAGAAAAAGAAAGAGAAACGGAAAAUAAAAAUCAGCAAAUAGAAGGAGUUACGAGACUUAUUUGUUCUCCUAAAACUCAAGCAUUGCCUUUAAAAGUGAGCAUUGAUGGAGUCGAAUGGACUGGAGUCAAAUUUUUUCAACUUUCUGCACAAUGGCAAACUCAUAUAAAAACAUUCCCGGUGGCGCUAUUUGCGCAGGAUCCUUCGUAA